AAGUGCAAAAUACAAAAGCCUUCUGCUUCUCGUGAGUAAUUAAUAAUUACAAUUAUAAUACGCAGACCUUCCUUUCCAGUUUCAUUCAUGUUAUCUAUCUAUCUAUCCGUCCAUCCCAUCUAAGAGGCUGCCUGCAAUCUCUCUUUCUCUCUCUCUCUCUCUCUCUCUCUCUCUCCUUCUUUCUUCAUUCCAUUCAAUUCCAUCACCUUCCUUCCGGUCGGUCGGUCGGUCGGACUCCGGCUGCCUCUGCAAUACGCACCCGCACCCUUAUCAUCAUCUUCUCUAAUUUAUUCCUCCUGCUCCACUCCCAUUCCGAAUCUUCCAUAACCAAUGCCUCUGCGCCCCUCCUCACACCUUCAAGAACGCAGCUGAUCGAUCGGAUCGGAUCGGAGCGGAGCGGAGCGGAGCGGAUACGCAGAUCUGAAAUCUCACUGUUCCCCGCCUUCCCAGAUCUUAAACCGGUGCCCCAUUUCUUCCCCAUUCUCUCGUCUCUGGUUUUCCGCAGUCUCUAAUUAUUUAUGCUUUGCGCGAGGCCUUAAGAGGGUUGCUCUUUUCUACCGGAACUAUAAAAACGCAUACUCGCGCGGAAUUUCGGAUUCGAGCCCUAUCAACAACUCUCUCUUAAGCUGUGCUGGGAUUUAUAGAGUACUCAAGUCCGUAAAAGGACAGAAACUCACACUAGGGGUUGAUUUUUGGGGGUCGUCUCCUGGCGCGUUUUUGGCAAUUGUUUUGAUUGGAGACCAGUUAUGUUGUCUCAAAUGUCUUCUCUGCGUUGGUGGUUUCUUUAUGUCUUCCAACAAGGCAUCAUUAUCAGAUUCUGAAGUCCGUACUCAUCAUCAUCGUCGUCACUCUACAUUGGGAAUCAGCUCAAAAAGGACAACUGUGCCACUCUGCAUCUCUCUUCUUCUGCUGAGCAGUCAGGGGUAGAUUUUAACCCAGUUGAAGGCGAAGCUGUUUCAGGAAAUUUGUUGGAAUAUCCCAAUUUUUACUCUGCAAGAAAUCGAAUCCAGUCAGCUAAUCUCUAUGAGCAAUGUGCUUCUCUCUAGCGAAGAAGAUUAUUGUCAUGGGGCGGUGUUAUGGAUCUGCAGCACAAUGUGAAAGACCUCGAACCUGGGGUUUCUUUGCAGGGUACUUCUGUUCAGGUUCUGGACUUGAAUAAAAAUCUGAUAUCACAAACCUCUCAGAGGAACAUUCCUUCAGAGAAGCAUGCAGCUGGAAGAUAAUAUACCACAUCAUGUUAACCCCAGGCGGAUUCAUAUUAAUGAUCCAAAGAUAACUAAUGAUAAAUUUGAUUUUUCUGGAAAUGAGAUCCGGACAAGCAAAUAUACUAUGUUUACCUUUUUGCCAAAGAAUCUCUUUAUUCAGUUUCAUAGGGUUGCUUACUUGUAUUUUCUAGCCAUUGCAGCUUUGAACCAGCUUCCCCCACUUGCGGUCUUUGGUAGAACAGUUUCCCUUUUCCCACUUCUUUUUGUUCUUACAGUCACAGCUGUAAAAGAUGGCUAUGAGGACUGGCGAAGGCACAGAUCUGACAGGAAUGAGAAUAACCGAGAGGCACAAGUGUUACAAUUAGAUAAAUUCAGUCCAAAGAGGUGGAAAGAUAUUCAAGCUGGUGAGGUAGUGAGGAUUAGCUCUGAGGAGACUAUUCCUUGUGACAUGGUUUUGCUUGGAACAAGUGAUCCUAGUGGAAUUGCUUACAUACAGACCAUGAAUUUAGAUGGAGAGACAAACUUGAAGACGAGGUAUGCUCGACAUGAAACAAAUAAAAUGGUACAAGACGUCGUGGCAAUAGCUGGUGUUAUCACGUGUGAGCAGCCAAACAGGAAUAUCUAUGAGUUCACUGCCAACAUGGAGCUUAAUGGGAGGCGGUUUCCCCUUAGCCAAUCAAAUAUUGUUUUGCGAGGAUGUCAGCUCAAGAACACAGCAUGGGCUAUUGGGGUUGUUGUUUAUGCUGGGCAGGAUACAAAAGCUAUGUUGAACAGUGCAAUGUCCCCUUCUAAAAGAAGCAGACUGGAAACCUAUAUGAACAGAGAAACUUUCUGGUUAUCAAUUUUCCUAUUAAUCAUGUGCCUUGUUGUUGCUUUGGGGAUGGGUUUAUGGUUAAAGCACAAUGAGAGUAAGCUUGAUACGCUGCCAUACUACCGGAAAAUUGACUUCAAUAAGGGAGGUGGUGGGGAGAAGUACAAAUUUUAUGGGAUUCCUAUGGAAAUCUUUUUCUCAUUCUUGAGCUCUAUCAUAGUUUUCCAGAUAAUGAUCCCAAUAUCACUCUAUAUCACCAUGGAACUUGUACGUUUGGGGCAGUCAUAUUUCAUGAUCGGUGACCAGCAUAUGUAUGACAGUUGCAGCAAUUCUAGGUUUCAGUGCAGAUCCUUGAAUAUUAAUGAGGAUUUGGGACAGAUUCGGUAUGUGUUCUCUGAUAAGACAGGUACACUCACAGAAAACAAGAUGGAAUUCCGGAAAGCCAGUAUAUGGGGUAAGAAUUAUGAUAAUACCCCCUCUAUGAUUGCAUCGUCAGAAGAAACAGAUGUUGGAGGGGUAGAUCCUAUGAUGGCUGGAAGAAAAUGGAAGCUUAAAUCUGAAACCACUUGUGAUCCUGAACUCUUGAAAUUGUUGUAUAAAGAUCUACAUGGAGAUGAGCGAAUUGCAGCACAUGAUUUUUUCCUGACAUUGGCAGCUUGCAAUACUGUUGUUCCUAUACUUACUCCAAGUUCUUCAAAUGGAUCUGAUGAUGCAUUUGAUGAUACUCGUGUGUCUAUAGACUAUCAAGGUGAAUCUCCGGAUGAACAGGCACUAGUUGCUGCAGCUUCUGCUUAUGGUUAUACGCUGUUUGAGCGGACAUCUGGGCAUAUUGUUAUUGAUGCGAAUGGUGAGAAAUUAAGGUUGGAUGUUUUGGGUCUUCAUGAGUUUGAUAGUGUGCGGAAAAGAAUGUCUGUUGUUAUCAGGUUUCCAGACAAUACUGUUAAGGUAUUGGUGAAAGGGGCUGAUACAUCAAUGUUCAGCAUUUUGAAAAAUGAUAACUUCAGUGAUGAUAGCAUAAGAUGUGCUACACAGAGACAUUUACUAAUGUAUUCAUCUGAAGGAUUGCGCACGCUGGUUGUUGCUACUCGGGAACUUACUGGUGAUGAACUUGUGAAGUGGCAAAGCAUGUAUGAAGAUGCAAGCACAUCUUUGACUGACAGAUCGUCUAAACUACGUCAAACUGCAGCUCUGAUUGAAUGCAAUUUGGUCCUUAUUGGGGCCACGGCUAUUGAGGACAAGUUGCAAGAAGGUGUACCUGAGGCUAUUGAGUCACUGCGGCAAGCUGGAGUAAAGGUGUGGGUUCUCACUGGAGAUAAGCAAGAGACAGCAAUAUCUAUUGGUCUUUCUUGCAGGCUCUUGACAACAGAUAUGCACCAGAUCAUUAUCAAUGGAAAUUCAGAGGAUGAAUGUAGGAAGCUUUUAUGUGAUGCAAAGGUCAAGUAUUGCUUGAAAUCUGCAAGUUGCUCUGACCAGAUCUCAAGCUGUAAGAGGAAUAUUGAACCUGAUAAUCUUGAAAUUCAUUCUCAAUCAAAGUCAUCCAAUGUAGAAGAGCUGUGUGGAGGCCAGGAGGAUGAACCUAAACCAGGGCCACUCGCUCUCAUCAUUGAUGGAAAUAGUCUGGUUUACAUCUUAGAGAAAGAUUUGGAGUCUGAGCUAUUUGACCUUGCGACCGCAUGUAGAGUUGUGCUCUGCUGUAGGGUUGCACCCUUGCAGAAAGCUGGAAUUGUUGACCUGAUAAAAUGCCGAACUGAUGACAUGACACUAGCCAUAGGUGAUGGGGCUAAUGAUGUUUCAAUGAUUCAAAUGGCUGAUGUUGGAGUUGGGAUAUGCGGUCAAGAAGGGCGCCAAGCAGUAAUGGCUUCAGAUUUUGCUAUGGGACAGUUUCAAUUUUUGAAAAGAUUGCUUCUUGUGCAUGGACAUUGGAAUUAUCAGCGUAUUGGUUAUCUGGUCCUCUACAACUUUUAUCGUAAUGCUGUUUUUGUAUUGAUGCUUUUCUGGUACAUCCUUUAUACAGCCUUUUCUACCACUUCUGCAUUGACAGACUGGAGUAGUGUUUUCUAUUCUGUUAUAUAUACUUCAGUACCCACUGUUGUUGUUGGCAUUCUUGACAAGGACUUGAGUCACAAUACAUUACUCAAAUAUCCAAAGCUUUAUGCUGCUGGCCAUCGACAAGAGAGUUACAAUAUGGCCCUCUUUUGGAUUACAAUGUCAGACACACUCUGGCAGAGCCUUGUUCUCUUCUACGUGCCAUUUUUCACAUACAGAGAUAGCAGUAUUGACAUAUGGAGCAUGGGAAGCUUGUGGACAAUAGCAGUUGUUAUCUUAGUAAAUUUGCACUUGGCCAUGGAUAUACAGAGAUGGGUGUAUGUCACUCAUAUUGCCAUAUGGGGAUCAAUAAUUGUAACAUAUGGAUGCCUGGUGGUGCUUGAUUCUAUACCCAUUUUUCCAAAUUAUGGUACGAUAUACCAUCUUGUGGGCUCUCCAGCUUAUUGGCUUGCGAUUAUGCUUAUAAUGGUCAUAGGACUGCUCCCUCGUUUCAUCUUCAAAGUUUCCCGCCAGAUUUUCUGGCCUUCAGAUAUCCAAAUUGCUAGAGAAGCUGAAAUCUUGAGAAAAAGACGCCGGUUUUUUUGGUCAAAGGCAGCUCCUGUGUCAAGCUGAUGUGUGUAACGUGUAUUUAUAAUUAACCAUCAUUUGGUGAAUCUCUACUCAAAGUCCUUGACAGCUAUCUGUCUAGUGCAUCUUGGCACGAAAAUUGGUAGGUUCACACUUCUCCCUCCACACGUCCACAGGUGUAUAUAUUUUUCUUUUUGAGAAAUUUGUUGGUCAAAAUGCUUUCUGUGUGGGGUGUCUCUCCUGCUUUGUGUGUUCCACAUGCUGGAAAUUAAUUGCCUGAUUUAGAUCUGUAGGAAAAACUAAACAGGGCAGAACCUAUUUGAAUCGAAUUAUAUUUGUUAAGAAUAAAGAAGACGGGAAGUUAUUACUAUUGGCCUUUUGUGUUCCAUAGACACUUGGAGAAAAAAUGCAUUUGAGAGUUGGAUGUAUAGUGGGUGGGGUGGACUGCAGGAACUAUAUGAACUCGGUGGACGAUUAUACUAGUGGUUUUGAAACUUGGGUUUGUUGCCAGGUGGAUGCAUGUGAAUGUUUCCUUAGGUUACAGGGCCCAGCUAUGCUUUGUGCUGGCUGCCUCCUGCUUUACUGUUGUUAUUAUUGUGUUUAUGUCUCUUCUAGUUUUAUUAUUUCUUUGCUAUGAGUGGGCUUUGUGCAAGGAUUUCAUUAGUUUAAGAAACUUGAAUAUGAAUAUAUGAUUGUUGAGCCGCCUGAUUAUGGGCUAUGUUACUGAAGAGAAGUUGUGAUGUUUGGAGUUCAUACUAUAAAUGUUGAUUUAAUUGGAGUUCCCGGGUAACUUGGGGUUUGCCGUUACAUGCGUGGCUGUUGUUUAUUUAACGGAUAUGCUAUGCUAUGCUAUGCUUGCUAUUUUUAUUCAUCAUAUUUUGGCAACAAACGUGUAGGAUGGACUGAUUUGUAAGAGGAGCAGAAUUGGUGAAAGAAAAUUGAUUGUUGUGCAAAGUAGUGCUUGCGAAUAGGGUUUUACAUACAUAUACAGAUAUAUAUAUAUAUAUAUGCCAUAUAUGAUAUAUGUUGAAGGAAGUAGAAGAAAG